CCAGCUACAAACUACAAACCCGGGCGGCGCGCUCCCGUGAAGUAAUUCAUUGUAUCAGAUCGAGACGAGAGGAAGCAGCGAGAGACUCGACUGGUCGGCGAAGCAACUCUGCUCCGGGAAACACUGAAAAAUCCGACUGCUAGCCACAUAAACUGCAGGGAUGGCAGCCAUCCGUAAGAAGCUGGUGAUAGUGGGGGAUGGUGCUUGUGGGAAGACCUGUCUUUUGAUCGUCUUCAGCAAGGACCAGUUCCCCGAGGUCUACGUCCCCACCGUGUUCGAGAACUAUGUUGCUGACAUUGAGGUUGACGGCAAACAGGUGGAGCUGGCUCUCUGGGACACUGCGGGUCAGGAGGACUACGACAGGCUGAGACCUCUCUCCUAUCCAGACACUGACGUCAUCCUCAUGUGUUUCUCCAUAGACAGCCCCGACAGCUUGGAAAACAUUCCAGAGAAGUGGACCCCAGAGGUCAAACACUUCUGUCCCAACGUUCCCAUCAUCCUGGUAGGAAACAAGAAAGACCUGCGCAACGAUGAUCACACGCGCCGAGAACUGGCCAAGAUGAAGCAGGAGCCAGUGAAGUCAGAGGAGGGCCGGGACAUGGCUGGCCGCAUUGCAGCGUUCGGUUACAUGGAGUGUUCUGCAAAGACCAAGGAUGGCGUGCGGGAGGUGUUCGAGAUGGCCACCAGGGCGGCGCUGCAGGCCCGCCGCGGGAAGAAGAGCAAUAAAUGUGUACUGCUGUAAAACGGCAGACAUAUUUGGACAGUUUUCACCCUGGGUUACUGUACCCGGGGCUAGGGCUCGGGAGGGACGGAGGGAUUACUAGAUGGGAGAGGGAGGGAGGGGAAGAAAAGAGUGCAGUAAAUGACUACCGCUGUAAAAUGGCUGUUUGUUGGACUGAAUUUACCCUGGGACAUUGGGUUUGGGAAGCUUUGAUGGACGGGUGGGUGGAUGGACGGAUAGGGGAGGAGGGAGCACAGUAAAUGACUACCGCCGUAAACCAUUGGGCUCCUCACCUGUGGGUUUACCAUCGAGGUGGGAAAUUUACACCAGCCACCAGCCAAAUGCUGGUACAUAUUGUCUUUUCAACAAGCCACUUACACUGACGAAGAUCAUUAGGAGAUCCUUUAAAAAAAAAAAAACCUAGCUGACUGGGAAAACUGAUAAAUUUGCUGGUGAAUUAUGGGAUGUUCCAGUGACUGUUCAGUGUGGACAACAAUAAUAAAAAAAAAAGGUAAAGUUUCCUCCCUGGAUGACUUGACAGAUGUAUGAGGGCACACAGAUAGCACAGUAAAUGAGUACCACUGUAAACGGCCGCCAGUGGACUAUUUAUCCCCAGGUGUUCAUACCCGGAGUUAGGGCGAAGGGAUGGAAAGACCGAAGCGCAGUACUUGGGUGUGACCGUGAUAUGACUGUAUACACCAAAGCAGGGCACAACUUGCAGUUUUCAUAGUUCUGCACAUUGAAGCGUACCUGUUAUAUGCUGUAGUUACCUGGGCAGGUUAUUUGAACAGCCCCAAAAGUAGACAAAUCACCAGUAAACUGUAUUGUUGCCCCUCUAAAUGGUGCUUUAAAUCAGGUUGAUCAGCUCGUGGAAUAGGCAGUUAGAAAAGUUGUGUGUCUCAGUGUCCUGAGAUCUAGCGUGUUAAAAAAAAAAAUGGUCACGUGCUGUCAGGUGCUCGGGUCGUACGUGUCGUAUUAUCAGAGAGCCGUGGAGCUGCAUGCUCACAUGUCUAGCUCAGUGCCAUUUAGUCUCUCACUGUGGCUAAUCCUGUGCUUACAGACUCACAGUGACAAACAAACUGAGCCCUACUCUUUCUGAGAUGAUCUGUUUCAGCCAUCUAACAGUGGACGCUCUGUAAUUUGCAGAUGAACAGCAGCUCAGUUUAAAUUGACAAAGUGUGCCCUCAGCGCUGGUUUUAAAGUACAUGUGCGUCAUCAUCGGAUCUGUAAUUCAAAGUGGCCUCUCAUCGCCACCUGUGUUCCAGUCGCUGCUUUAAAUAUUGGGCAUCUUACCAUAGCAGUGUUGCAGAGGGCUGUGUACGGUUUACUUCCAGAGGAGCAGCAUUUUGACGCCUUCAGCGUCGGGGCUACCCUCACGCUGGUGCAUCCUCACUGAGGUUGGUUUGUCUACUUUAGGAAGUGAUCGGCUCUCACCUGAACAUUUAAAAGCCUUCUUUGGACUGAAUCAGUGGAAGUGGCAGGUGAAUUGUGGUCCCACUGGUUGACAAAGGUGGCUCCCUGCCCUGCAUAGUACAACGUGAGCGAACUCUGCCAUGGCUCCGCUCCCAUCCCUUCCUGUUCCACAUAGCUGACUGCUGGUGCUCAUCUUCCCCUGGUUUUAGACCAGGACAAAGAACAAGGAGAGGAGAGUAUUGCGUUUACAUGCACACCACUGAUCUCCAUAUUUGGGAUGAACGACUAUUAAUUUCUUUUGCAUAGGCAUGUAUAAAGGUCAAAUGUACAAUAACCAGAACUAGUUCAUGUUUGAGGAAAUAAAAAAGGUGCCUGGGAUAUACCACGUUAUCCACCAUAUACAUGUCUGCCUUUACCGGUUAGCUGUUGGUACCUGCCAUCUGCUUUAACAGUUUAACUUGAAAGACAAACAUGACACAGUGACGUGACCUUUUUUUAAUCCAGAAUACUGUGCAUGAAAACGCCAGAAUGGUCAGGUUGGGCAGCAGGAUAGAGUUUGGGGUGAAACAUGCAGGUAAUCUACAUCAUUAGCAGAGAGAAUUAACCACAUGCCCUAUGUUGGACAUGUUUCAUUUUGGGCUAUUUUUUUAAGGGUGGCCAGUCAUAUUAGGGGCGUAUCAGCCACCAGCCCCCCCUGACUCUUCUGUUUGUUUUACUGCCAGAUUCAGGCUCUCUUGACAGUGUUGUACCCUCCUGUUCUUCUUCCUGGCCUACAGGGAGGAGCCUGUUCCAGAAACCUAGUCUUGUGUUGUUGUUUUUAUACUUUUAUUUCCUGCUUUUAAAAAAAAAAAAGUCAUAAAUAUGUUGUCUAUCAGUAUUUAAAAUAGGAGGUGGAAGACUAGGGGACUGCUUAUGUGUCGUUGCUUUAGUUUAUUCUUACGUGCUUUACCUGAAUUUUUCUGAUGAUUCACAAUUGGGUAUAACGACCCGUCAAUCAUCCCUGCCAAAUGCUGUUGUUAGGCAGUCAGGAGAAAGGCUGGCCUCUCGGCUGCCUGUCUAGAGCAUCGCUAGGACCACAUGUGCUGGCUCUUUUUCUGUUUGUUUGUUUUAAAACACAAACUUGGCUGAAAAGACAAAAGGAAAAACAAUGUAAGUCUCCUUAUUAUGUACAAAUCAUUUUUAUUUCUUUUUAUUGUAUUUUUAAAUCCUAAUUUUGGAUGCUGAAACAGUGAUGUAAACAAAGGAACAGGAAAACCAAGCUGUAUGCAAAGUCUGUAAAUAUGAAAUGUGGGUUUGUUCAUACUAGACUAUACACACGCACAGGACUGGAAACUGUAUUUGUAAACUAGCUUUGGUUUGUGUAAUAAAUUACUUUCUAUAACA